GCUGCACGGCCAUGGAAACCCAUUUCAUGAAGCUCCCGGUGAACAGUUAUUGUGCUGACCUUGCUUCCAGAGGCAGUUUGGAACUCAGUAGUGAGUGUGGCAAUCGAGGACAUUGCCACAAUACUUUUGGGGUGUCCACAUACUUUUGUGUGUAUAUAGUGUAGUCUGACUUCACUUCAAAACAUACUACUGUUUUUUGUUAGUGUGAUGACAUUGAAAUGAUGAGUCCACGUUUCUUGUUUCAAAUUUUCCAUGUUAGUAGAGUAUACCAAGUAAAAGUCAUAGUCCGUUAUCAUCCUCCUCGACCUACCAAACCUCAUAUUUUAUGGAGAAAGAGAUGGUUGCCACAGAAGGACUCCUCUUCAACACUUCUAUUUUCUUCACCUCUUCUUUCCCUCUUCAUCACUUGUCAUCCUGCUCUUUUGUAUUUUUCGUUUGCGCUUUCACUCUUUUCCCCCUGCAGGUAUUCAGUCCAUCUGGUGGACAUCUCCUUCCCCCUGCACGUAUUCAGUCCAUCCGGUGGACAUCUCCUUCCCCCUGCAGGUAUUCAGUCCAUCUGGUGGACAUCUCCUUCCCCCUGCACGUAUUCAGUCCAUCUGGUGGACAUCUCCUUCCCCCUGCAGGUAUUCAGUCCAUCUGGUGGACAUCUCCUUCCCCCUGCAGGUAUUCAGUCCAUCUGGUGGACAUCUCCUUCCCCCUGCACGUAUUCAGUCCAUCCGGUGGACAUCUCCUUCCCCCUGCAGGUAUUCAGUCCAUCUGGUGGACAUCUCCUUCCCCCCCUGCAGGUAUUCAGUCCAUCUGGUGGACAUCUCCUUCCCCCCCUGCAGGUAUUCAGUCCAUCUGGUGGACAUCUCCUUCCCCCCCUGCAGGUAUUCAGUCCAUCUGGUGGACAUCUCCUUCCCCCUGCAGGUAUUCAGUCCAUCUGGUGGACAUCUCCUUCCCCCUGCAGGUAUUCAGUCCAUCUGGUGGACAUCUCCUUCCCCCCCUGCAGGUAUUCAGUCCAUCUGGUGGACAUAUCCUUCCCCCUGCAGGUAUUCAGUCCAUCUGGUGGACAUCUCCUUCCCCCCCUGCAGGUAUUCAGUCCAUCUGGUGGACAUCUCCUUCCCCCUGCAGGUAUUCAGUCCAUCUGGUGGACACCUCCUUCCCCCUGCAGGUAUUCAGUCCAUCUGGUGGACAUCUCCUUCCCCCUGCACGUAUUCAGUCCAUCUGGUGGACAUCUCCUUCCCCCUGCACGUAUUCAGUCCAUCUGGUGGACAUCUCCUUCCCCCUGCAGGUAUUCAGUCCAUCUGGUGGACAUCUCCUUCCCCCUGCACGUAUUCAGUCCAUCCGGUGGACAUCUCCUUCCCCCUGCAGGUAUUCAGUCCAUCUGGUGGACAUCUCCUUCCCCCCCUGCAGGUAUUCAGUCCAUCUGGUGGACAUCUCCUUCCCCCCCUGCAGGUAUUCAGUCCAUCUGGUGGACAUCUCCUUCCCCCCCUGCAGGUAUUCAGUCCAUCUGGUGGACAUCUCCUUCCCCCUGCAGGUAUUCAGUCCAUCUGGUGGACAUCUCCUUCCCCCUGCAGGUAUUCAGUCCAUCUGGUGGACAUCUCCUUCCCCCUGCAGGUAUUCAGUCCAUCUGGUGGACAUCUCCUUCCCCCUGCAGGUAUUCAGUCCAUCUGGUGGACAUCUCCUUCCCCCUGCAGGUAUUCAGUCCAUUUGGUGGACAUCUCCUUCCCCCUGCAGGUAUUCAGUCCAUCUGGUGGACAUCUCCUUCCCCCUGCAGGUAUUCAGUCCAUCUGGUGGACAUCUCCUUCCCCCUGCAGGUAUUCAGUCCAUCUGGUGGACAUCUCCUUCCCCCUGCACGUAUUCAGUCCAUCCGGUGGACAUCUCCUUCCCCCUGCAGGUAUUCAGUCCAUCUGGUGGACAUCUCCUUCCCCCUGCAGGUAUUCAGUCCAUUUGGUGGACAUCUCCUUCCCCCUGCAGGUAUUCAGUCCAUCUGGUGGACAUCUCCUUCCCCCUGCAGGUAUUCAGUCCAUCUGGUGGACAUCUCCUUCCCCCUGCAGGUAUUCAGUCCAUCUGGUGGACAUCUCCUUCCCCCUGCAGGUAUUCAGUCCAUCCGGUGGACAUUUCUUUUUUGCUCCUUCUAUUCUUCUAACUUGUUUUUCUUCCAUCAGUUCUCAAGGACCCUUUUUGUUGACUGGUCAGAUAAAAAUGAUUUUCCCUUGCUCAGACUUCAUGAUCUGGUGGUGUAGGCAUGUGAACACAACCACGGGUCUCUUUCUUUCCCACUUUGUCUCACCACUGUUUAGUCUUCCCGCUGUUUCUAAUCUGUCUGAAUACAGCAAAAAUGUCCUAAAUACAUUAAAAAAAUAUAUAUAUAAAUAUUUUCCCGGUGGGUGUCAAUAAAUUGAACAGCACAAUCACUGUUUAACGUUGUUCCGUUCUCUCCUAAAGGAAAUUCUUAACUAUACUAAAUUGACUGGUUAACUUCACCAACAACAAAAGGGGUAAUUUCCUGUAUAGUAGUAUGUCUGCUUGAUUGUUUGUUUUCCAGGUCUUUAUGACCUUUUUAUUGAUAUGUUUUCCCUUAUCGUUUCUUCGCCUUUACCUAAUGUUUACAUCCUGUUGCUUUUUUCACUCAUUUAUAUUUUUUCCUAGUCCCGCUCUUCCUCUUCCCCCUCUCAGUACAGCCUGUGUUGUUUGACCUCUGACCUUUCCCUGCUGUCUCUGUAGAGAGGAGUCCUUCUACUGCACUGUCCCCAUCACCCCUGUUAAGAGGGAGA